UUACGUACAAAAAACAUAAUUUUGCGUUGUGGAAGCAAACUGAGCAUUGCUUCCAAAAAAACCAUUUCAACUGAAAAAAGAAUCAUGUUUUCCAUCCUUAACGCGCGUUGUAGAGUGGCGAACGGCGAUUCUUUGGAAGCAAUUCGUCAGUUGCUUCUUACAACACGACCCUUGAGAUGCCAUAUGCGCAUGCGCUUGUACAUUCUACACAGCUCUGAUUAUGAAAAUGUGACAAGUUGCGACUUGUCGUAUGACUGAUGACCGAUCUAGCGUAUUUAUUUUGGGUAUUUCGUAUCGUCUCCACUCCCCAGUAGAAUUCUCAGUAUUACUUAUCUGAUUAUUUCAUCAUACAGUAGUAGUUCCAGUUCGUAUUCGUAAGAAAAAACAUACUUGACGCGGUAGUAUUUUCUAUUAAUUUUUAGUGAAAUGUGAAAUAAUGUCGAUCCCUUCACAGUGCAAUUGCAUUUUAGAACGUAUUUUUGACAGGGGUUUUGGAUCUUUUUCAUUUGAGGAAAAGUUGAAGGUAGUGCAAGGUGAACCACCGCGAAUUCCUAUAAUUGGCUUAGAAACGAAAACGAAACGAUGUGUGCGGCAUUUUAACGUAAAUUUAUAUCGUGAAAAUGUAUUUUUGUGUGGAUGUAAUCAUACCAAAAAGUUGUACUGUUGGCCAUGCGUGCUAUUUUCUACUGAACAAAGUACAUGGUCUCACUAUGGAUUCGAUGAUUUGAACAAUUUUCAUAAGUCUUACAAACGACAUACAGCAACAACAUCCGUAAAUCACAUACUUUGUUUAAAACAAAUGAAGCAAUUUGGAAAAAAUCGGAUUGAAGAUGGUAUGAAUAGUCAAAGAAAGGUGGCGAUAAAUACACAUAACAAGACGGUGAAAAAAAAUCGAAAAAUUGUGGGAUGUCUCGUUCGUGUUGCUUGUUUUUUAUCAAAACAAGGACUUGCAUUUCGUGGUCAUAAUGAGAAGUCGAGCUCUACUAAUCGUGGUAAUUAUGUCGAAUUGGUCAACGAAUUUGCGGAGUUGGAUGAUGAUUUAAUGGAACAUUUAGAGAACUCGACGGUAUUUUCCGGCCUUUCCAGUGAUAUUCAAAACGAUAUUAUUACGAGCAUUUCUGAUAAAGUACUCCGUGAUAUAAAAGAAGAAAUUUCAAAAGCUCAGUUUGUUUCAAUAAUUUUAGAUGAAACCACAGACGUAUCUACAAAAUCACAGUUUUCUCAUGUUCUAAGAUAUGUUACGGAGGAUGGCGAAGUAAAAGAGAGAUUCAUAUGCUUCACUGAUGUAAGUAAAGAUCGGACCGCGAAUGGUUUAUAUGAUGAUAUUGUCCAUUUUCUGAAUGAAAUGGGCUGUGGAGAAAAAUUAAUUGCUCAGACGUAUGACGGUGCAUCGGUCAUGUCGGGUCAACACAACGGUCUUCAAGCUAAAAUAAAAGAAAACUAUAAUAAUGCGAUUUUCAUCCAUUGCUACGCCCAUAAACUCAAUUUAGUCUUAUCUCAAUCCGUUAAUCACAUUUCCGAAUGCAAGAUAUUUUUUACUACAUUGUCAGCAUUUGGUUCCUUUUUCAAUAAAUCAACUUCGCGAUCCAGUGCAUUAAAUGAAGAAGUGCAAAAACGUUUUCCAAGUGCAUCACCAACCAGAUGGAAUUACAACAGUCGUAUUGUGGGAAACCUUCACCAGAACAAAGAUGCGAUUAUGCAAUUACUUCAGAAAAUGGUCACGAACGAAAAUUCAAGCUGGGAUGCUGAAACGAUAAAUGGAGCUCGAGGCUUAUUGACGACGUUGACUCGACCCAAUUUCAGUUUCCUUUUAAUAGUGUUUCAGAAAAUAUUUGCUAAAACUACAAUACUUUUCAACAUUCUCCAAACUAAAUGGACAAAUAUGCAGUAUUGUUUGCAAAAACUUGAAGCAUUUAAAUCUGAUUUGGCUACCCUGAGAAAUCAAUUUCACAUUGUUUGGUCUGAAUAUGCUGCAUUAAAUCUGACAUCGCGAUCCCGAAGAAACGAUGAUCUUGAUGAAGAAACUUCAUUCCGACGAUUAUAUUUCAGCAUUAUUGAUGCGUUAUCAGUUCACAUGUCCGAUCGUUUUUCCGACUAUCCGAAGUUGAGAUUUAUGGGCUUAUUUGAAACUGAAAAAUUUGACAGUUUUGUUGAAAAUUUUCCAGAAGAAGAAUUGCAAUGUUUGAGAGAAACAUUUGGAAAAUUUUUCGAUUUUGUCAGUUUAAAGAACAAACUGUCUGUCGUUUACGCCUCCGAAGAUAUGAAACUGAAAAUUUUUCAAUUGUUCAAGUACAUCAAAAAUGAAGAUUUGACGACUGUUUUUCCUGAAACUUUCAAACUAUUAACAUUAAUUUUGACAAUACCAGUUACUAGUGCAGCUGCGGAAAGAUCUUUCUCAGCUCUAAAACGUAUAAAAACGUACUUACGAAACACUCAAGGUGAGGAAAGGUUGUCAUGUUUAGCUUUGAUAAACAUUGAAAGUGAAUUUGUAAGUCAAAUCCAAAAAAAAAUCAAUUUUAUGGAUGAUGUGAUUGAUAUUUUUGCAAAUUUGAAAGAUCGCCGCAUUGACCUAAUAUACAAAGUUUAAUUUUAUCAAAAUGUUAAAAUACGUAAAUGUUACUUUUACUUCUUUGUUGUUUUUUUUAUUUUUUUUGUUACAUGUACGAAUUAGGUACCUAGAUUUAAAAAUCACGAAAGCUUUAAUUUCAUUAUAAUUAAUAAAAUGGUUGCGAUUGUUUUUUCAAUGUGA